AAGACAGAGAGGAAGAUGAUGGAAAUGAACAGGAGGACAGAGAGGAAGAUGAUGAAGAUGCACAGGAAGACAGAGAGGAAGAUGAUGGAAAUGAACAGGAGGACAGAGAGGAAGAUGGUGGAAGAAAACAACAAAGAGUCUGUGAAAUAAAAAGCCAAGAUCGAGAUGAGUUUCUUAAGAAACAGCUAGAUGAUGAUCUUGUAUACCCUGGUGCUCCUCUCACGAAGGGACAGAGUCUGCUUUUACUCAUGUCAUAUGUACUGAGGCACAAUUUGACAGGUGUAGCACUUCAGGAUCUUCUUACAUUGUUUAAUGCACAUUUCCCUGGCUUGGUGCCAGCAACCACAUACCUUUUUCAUAAAGCCUAUGGACAGUUUGGCCAGUAUAAGCCCCAUUUCUAUUGUAUCAACUGUGAAACCUACAUUGGACCCAGUGAGACAGCACCACAAAACUGUUCUUCUUGUAAUACUGAAUUUGACAUUGAGAACAGCCUAAAACUUGGGUCGUACUUUCUUGUACUUAGCCUAUCAGCCCAAAUAGUGGACAUUUUGGAAAAACCUGAUAUACAUUUGAAUACAAAGGAAUCAACUCCUGGCAUUCUUUCUGAUAUUCAGUGUGGGGCAGAAUAUCAAAAAUUCAAGCAAACUGGACAAAUGGGGGAUGAUGACAUUUCAAUUUUGUGGAACUGUGAUGGAAUUCCAGUUUUCAAAAGUAAUAAUGUUCAGAUAUGGCCAAUCCAGUGUCAAAUUGUAGAACUGUCACCAAGAGUCCAGCAAGGUAAUAUAUGCAUUCCAUGCUUAUGGCUUGGUAACAGCAAGCCAAAUAUGGCUACAUUUUUAACUGCUUUUGUUGCACAGCUUAAAGAACUGGAACAGGUUGGUAUUAAAUCUUUCAACAAAAGCAGAGACUAUAAUGGAAAAUGCAAAUGACAACAAAAAAAAAAAUAUUUGGCAAACUCCAGGGUAGGUCUGGCAUAACAAAAACGUCAAAAGAGUUUCCAGAUAAUGUCAGAGGUUUUGGCUGCCCAAAGAAAGGCAGCACAUCUGUGCUGCAGAGGAGGGCUAUUGAACAUUUCACAGGAGACACUGUUCAUUUAGGUUUAUGACCGUUUCAUUUGCAACAGUGUUGUUUAUCAUUCAUAUAAUAACACAACUCUUAAAAAGAGAAAUAAUUCUGUUGUACAGUUAAAUGAUGGGACAUUCUGUGAGAUUUUGACCUUGGUGGCCUACACAUCUGAGGAUGGGGCCUCUUCUGUAUUUGAUACAAACAGUAUCUGUCUUUUAGUUAAAGAGCUAGCCAAGAGUGGAAGAAAGGUUUAUAGAGAUGCUCAGUUAAAUAUAUCCUGUACAUUUCUAACUGAAGUGUGUCACACCAAUAAUGUAUUUGCUGUACAUCCUCAGUCAUUAGAGCGCAAAUGUGUAAUGGUGAAGUCUAAGGACAAAAUGUAUGUUAGUCCACUUCCAAACAAUGUUGAAAGAGACUAAAACUGUUUCCUGCAAACAGAAAUGUUUGUAAUUGUACCAGUGAAAAACAUGCAACUGUUAAUGUUAAUCCCAUUUUUUUCUCUCCAUAAUUCACUGUGUAACUCAAUUACAUAACAGGUUUUUCUUAUAUUUCAUAUCAGUCCUGAAUAUUAUUGUGUUUAAUGUUAAAUAUUUGACAUAAAUAAUGUUACAUAGUCUAUUUAAUGUCAAAUUUUUUUAUUAUUAUGACCCUGUCAUUUAUGAUUGUAUCAUGAUACUUCUAAUAUUAGCUCAAUAAACAUAACUGCAUAUAAAAAAACUGUUAAAAGAACAGACAUUUGUGCAAUGCAUAUAUUGUAUUGAAAAUAUAUUUAUAACAGGCUUUCAAAAAUUUCAUCACUUUUGCCAAGUUACAAAGUUCCUAGCUUAAAUAAGUAAACGUUAAAGUCACACUCAAAAUUAACUUAAAAUAUGCUAAAUCUUCAAUAUAUUAAAUAAACUAUUUUUAAAAUAUGCUUUCAGUGCAUUGUGACAAGCAUAAUUUCAAGUAUGCAGUUAAAAUUUGUCUAAAAUAUACUUAAAAAUAAAGUUAAAAUAAAUAAACUUCUAAAAUUCUACUUUAAUUUCACUUUUAGUACAUUUCUCUAAAAUAUAGUAUAAUAAAGUAUAAUAAAUUACAAUUUUUUUAAAGUAUAUUAAAAGUCUUACUGAAAAUUAGUACCAGAAGUAUGUUGCUAAUAUACGUUUAAUACAUUUAAAGACUGUGUUAUUUUUGGUUAGUAUAUUUGCAGUGUAUUGUUUAAAAUUAAAAUAUAUUUGAAAUACAAAAAAGUAUGCUUU